UUAUUAUGUUUUGUUUUUUCUAAUUGAAAAGGAGAAUUAUUAUUACAAUUUUUUCGCCUUUCUUCUUUCUCAGCGAAAAAAAGUUCUAUUGCUUCAUCCACGCUUCGCAUCUGAAGACAUGAAAACCUUCUAAUUCCCGAUCUAUCUCGUAAUUCAGAUCUGACACUCCGCGAAAUCUUGGAUUCAGUUUGAUUUUGAUUGCCUUGGUUUUUUUUUUUUUUUUGAACAUUGAGAAACCCUAAAUUUCACCAGAUCUUGAAGAAACACAACUUGGAAACCCUAACUUUAAAUUUCGCCUUAAAAUCCGCGAGUUUGUUUUUUAUUUUUUAUUUUCUUGAUUUAAAACAGAGAAAGAGAGAGCGUAUGUGUGCCUUUUUGUGUUUAUUGUGGGCUGGAUUGGAUUUUAUUCGAUUCGAUUCGAUUGGAUUCAUUUAUGGUUUUUAGAUUUUCUGAUUGUGAGAACUUGAAGGCUAUAAAAUCGGAAGGUAUGGAGAGGGGGGUAGGCGAUGUGGAAGAGGGUGAGAUUUCCGAUUCUUCUAUAGAAGAGAUCACUGAAGAGGUUUUCAAGAACAAAGAGGCUGCUAAGUUGGACAGCAGCAACAGCAACAGCAACAGCAACAACAACAACAAGCAAAAAGGAAGCGAUCCUAAUGUAUGGACUGUUCAUGAUCUAUACUCCAAGUACCCUACUAUAUGCCGUGGCUAUGGUUUGGUUAAUCUAGCUUGGGCAACAGCUGUACAGAACAGGUCCCUUAACGAAAUUUUUGUAAUGGACGUUGAUCCUGAUUCGAAUGCAAAUGCUAAUGCCAGUGCUGCCAUGUCUUCCAAUCAAUCGUCUUCUGGGUCUGCUGGUGUUAAGGAGAAUGCAAGUGAGGUGGUGAUUGUGGAUGAUGAUAAGGAGGAAGGAGAGUUGGAGGAGGGUGAGAUUGAUGAUGAUGGCGCUGACCCUGAAGCAUCAGUAACAGAGAGGGUUCAGAGUGCUGCUGAAUGUGGUGUAGUUGCUUCUGAUACUGAUUCCACAUCUGAUAAGCUCAGUGUUAGGGAGGUUCUGGAGGGUGUUACAGUUGCUAAUGUGGAGGAAUCGUUUGAGGGGACUUGCUCUAGGCUGCAGAAAACUUUGCAGCGAUUGCCUGAUGUGCUUUCUGGACUUGAGGUUUCUGAAAGGGAUGAUCUUGUUCUCUUGGCAUUUAAAGCAGUUGAAUUAGUAUAUUCUGUAUUCUCCUUCAAGGACAGUUCACGAAGGGAACAAUGCAAGGAUACCAUUUUAAGAUUACUCUCUUUGGUAAAGGAUCAGCUUGCACAAUUGUUCUCUCCUGAUAAUAUGAAAGAGAUUCAGGUCAUGAUUUCUGCUGUUGAUUCUAUUGGUGCUUUAGACAAUAUUAAGGCUUGUGCCAACGAGACACAACUGGUGAUCAAGGAGAUAACGACUAAGGAAAUUUCAGCUGUGAAAGCUGGGGAAUUUGUUUCUUCUAGCAAGCAUUUAAACACUAAUUCAAUAGGUUCAUUGGAAGUUUUGAAAUAUGGACAAAGUAAUAUUAAAGGCAGAGGGAUUCUACUCCCACUGUUAGACCUUCACAAGGAUCAUGAUAUAGACAGCUUACCAUCACCCACACGAGAAGCACCGUCAUGCAUUCCUGUUAGCAAAACAUUUUCUGUUCAAGAGGGAACGGUUGGUUCUAGGUUGCCUGCUAGUAAGAUAGAGUCUGGAAAGAUGGAAGUUGAAACCGAAGAUUCUAAGUUUCAUCACUAUGAAACUGAUGCUUUGAAGGCUGUUUCCACAUAUCAACAGAAAUUUGGUAGAAGUUCUUUUUUUACAUAUGAUAAACUUCCAAGUCCAACACCUUCAGGUGAUGGUGGAAAUGUGGAUGUUGAUGCAACUGAGGAGGUCUCAAGUGCUCCAAAGGGUGCUUCUUUGAGAAGCAAUAAGCCAACCGUUUCAGAGCAACCAGCUGUUUCUUCUAGUUCUAUUGAUGGUUCUAGUUUGCAUGGACUGAUUACCUCAAGAACUGAUGCUCCAGUUUCUGGAUCGUACCCUAUGAAAACAUCAGCUAAGAGUAGAGAUCCUAGGCUGCGUUUCAUUAAUUCCAAUUCCAGUGCUACUGAACAUGCUGGAAUGAUGAUGUCAAGAAAGCAAAAGGCUUCUGAAGAUCCUUCUCUGGAUGUUGCCGUAGCAAAGAGACUAAAAAGUUCGCUAGAAAAUACUGAGCUUAAUACAAGAGAAAUAAGAACUACAACUGGAGAUGGUGGUUGGUUGGAAGAGAAUAAUGUUAUUGGGUCUCAGUUAAUAGAAAGGAACCAUUUAAUGGAGAAUGUGGAUUUUGAACCCAGAAAUACCAUGACAGUGAGCAGUUCCCUUCCUGUUUCUGGUAAUUUCAAUGUGACUAAUAAUGGAAAGGAGCAGGCACCAGUUACAAGUAAUAUCAACACAGCUUUUCCUGCUUUGCUCAAAGAUAUUGCUGUAAAUCCAACCAUGUUGCUAAAUAUACUUAUGGAACAACAGCAGAGAUUAGCAGCUGAAGCCAAAAAGCCAUCUGAUCCUGCUAUGGGUACGAUGCAUUUACCAAUCCAAAAGUUGGCAAUGGGGUCAAAUGCAACCGUUAGUAUUGGUCCAUCAAUGACCGCUGCUAUUCAGCAAAAGUCAACUGGACCCUUACCGGUUUCAUCGCAAGCAACUUCCACGACACAAAUCCUACAAGAUGAUCCAGGGAAGAUUCGCAUGAAACCACGUGAUCCACGGCGUAUUCUCCAUGGUAACUCUGUCCAGAAAAGUGGGAGUAUGGGGAGUGAGCAAUUCAAAUCCGUUAUAUCCCCUGCAUUAAACAACCAGGGAACUGGGGACAAUGUCAAUGCCCUGAAACCAGAGGUUCGAGCUGAAACAGAGCUUGCACCACCUGAUAUUGCUCGACAGUUCACCAAAAAUCUGAAAAAUAUUGCUGAUAUUGUGUCUGUUAAACAAGAAUCAUCUAGCAUAUCUUCUGCUUCUGUACCCCUGAAAUCUGAUAGAGCAGAACCGACGGCUGUUGUGUCUAGUGCUCAGAACCUGUCGACAGGCAAUGCAUCAGCUUCCUCAAAGUCUCAGGGUACAUGGGGAGAUGUUGCGCAUCUUUUUGAAGGCUAUGAUGAGAAGCAAAAGGCUGCUAUUCAGAGGGAGAGGGCAAGGAGGAUAGAGGAACAGAAUAAGAUGUUUGCUGCUAGGAAAUUAUGUCUUGUUUUGGACCUAGAUCACACACUUCUUAAUUCUGCCAAGUUUGUUGAAGUUGAUCCUGUGCAUGAUGCGAUAUUGAGAAAGAAAGAAGAGCAAGACCGAGAAAAGACUCAGAGACAACUUUUUCGCUUUCCACAUAUGGGAAUGUGGACUAAACUAAGGCCAGGAAUCUGGAAUUUCUUGGAGAAGGCUAGUAAGCUCUAUGAGUUGCAUCUCUAUACAAUGGGGAACAAGUUAUAUGCAACAGAAAUGGCAAAGAUCCUUGAUCCAAAGGGAGUUCUGUUUAAAGGCAGAGUUAUUUCUAGAGGUGAUGAUGCUGAUUCAGUUGAUGGUGACGAGAGAGUUCCCAAAAGCAAGGAUUUAGAAGGGGUUUUGGGAAUGGAAUCAGCUGUCGUAAUUAUAGAUGAUUCUGUUAGAGUCUGGCCUCAUAACAAAUUGAACCUGAUUGUGGUGGAAAGGUACACAUACUUCCCCUGUAGUCGACGUCAAUUUGGACUUCCUGGCCCUUCUCUUCUUGAGAUUGAUCAUGACGAGAGACCUGAAGCUGGAACUCUAGCAUCCUCUUUGGCAGUUAUUGAGAAAAUACACCAAAUCUUCUUUUCUUCUCCAUCCUUACACGAAGUGGAUGUAAGAAAUAUCCUAGCGUCAGAGCAGAGAAAAAUCUUGGCUGGUUGUCGAAUAGUAUUUAGUAGGGUAUUUCCUCGUGAAGAAGCCAAUCCUCAUUUACACCCAUUGUGGCAGACAGCUGAACAAUUUGGUGCUGUUUGUACUAACAAGCUUGAUCAUCAGGUUACUCAUGUAGUGGCAAAUUCACCUGGAACUGAUAAGCAGGUGGCUUGGGCUGCUAGCCAAGGAAAAUUUAUUGUGCAUCCUGGAUGGGUGGAAGCAUCUGCGUUGCUUUAUAGGAGGGCCAACGAGCAAGAUUUUGCCAUUAAAUUAUAAAAUAUAAAGGACCUAAUUCUCUUUGGUAAACUAAAAUAUGUGAAACAUAAAUCAAGAAACACAUUGAUUUUGGCUGGGGGUUGUGAAAUCAUUAGAUCAGAACUGGUUAGAGGAGACAAUUUUGACCCUUAAGCCCGCCCGUUGGAAAUGGCAGUCGGCGGGUGUAUAACUUUUACUCCGACUGGCCAGUAGCUCAGGAGAUGAUGGUGGACUGUAUGGAUGGCUAGUUGAUCCUUGGGGGGGGGGGGGGGG